AGUACGACAGGCGGGGAGUGACUCCAAGGUAGGAGGAGGGAGGUUUGAGUGACCCCGGUCAGAGUGUCCCAAGUGAGAGUUUGACGUGCUUUAACGAUGAAAUCACGUCGACCAGCAGAGGAAGAGUCUGAAGAGGAGAAGAGGAGAGGAGAGAAGAGAGGGAGAGGGAGCCGGUGCUGCUGCCCUGCUGCUCUGCUCUGCUCUGAUCUGUCGAAGACAAACUCAAAAAGAGUGGACGAGGCGAUGACGACGACAACACACUUCGCUCGGAAGUAAGACAGGAUUGAUCAGUCAGCUGUAAUGUCGUCAGGUGAAUGAAGAAGAAUGCCCUGUUUGCGCUAAUUAUCGAUUGGAGUACCAUACCAUACAGGGUCGACCUUUUGAACAACCCUACCGAAUCAGAGGUCACAUUUCAGUUGAUUCAACACUGCGCUCGUGGGAACAGAGCUGAUUCACGAGGCUUUUACUUCGAGAGGGGAGAAGUUAGGGAGGUGGAGGAGGAAAAGUGUCUAAACAGGGAAGAUAUACGGAAAGACUUCCAAAUUUUAUUUAAGUCUUCUUCUGUUAGCUUCCUCCCUCCCUCCCUGCUUCGAUUUUUUCAUUUCCAACCAUCCCUGGAGUCUAUGCUAUGAAGAAUCUCCUCCGCAAACUACAUAUUGGUGGAAACCAUGAUGAUCAAGUGGAUGCUGGACGAAUUAUAGAAGGAAGAUCGUACGAAGGUUCAGGCGGUUCAAAUGCAGGACCUAGAGGGUCUUUGACCGGAGCAGCAUCUGCUCCCGCUGCUUCUUCGAGUCCAACCUCAGCUAACACCGUUUCUGCCCCUCCAGAGCACAAACCCUCAGGCCUUACGACAUUUUUGAAUGCCGUCGGAAGUGCUGUUGGAAGAGUUGGUCAAUCCAACUCUUCCAACAACAAUCAGGUAACCACUGGAGGACAAGUGAGACAAAGGCUGGAGAACUCUGGUGGAAGUGGUGGCGAUGCGGAUUUGCAGACUUCCAAAGUUUCGAGCAAAAAACGAACUCCUUCACUAGGAGGAGGCGAUAGUAAUCAGGUUGAUCUGAACUCUCUUCAGAUUCUGCAGUCUGAGGAAGAGUAUCAGGUCCAGAUUGCUAUGGCGCUGAGUGUCUCAAAUAGCUACAUAAGCCCUAGUGUCGCGAAUGAAGCGGAGAAGGCGCAGAUUGAAGUAGCCAAAAGAAUUAGUCUCGGGCUGAGUCCUUCUUCGGGGAAUUCUCAAGCUGACAUCGUCUCUUACCGGUAUUGGGCAUGUAAUAUGGUGGACUAUGAUGAAAUCGUACCCGAUGGAUUUUAUGAUGUGAACGGAGUCCUCAGUGAGUCACAUCUGUCAGAGAGGAUGCCGUCCCUGAAAGACCUGACGAGGAUGCCCAUCUCAGAGACCUCCAAAAUAGAGGCAGUUCUUGUGAACAGAGAGUUAGAUCCCGACCUUGUAAGUCUGGAAGAACGGGUCUCAAAUCUUUCUGCCAAUCAUGAAUCUGGAGAGGCCGGCUUACCAAAAACUGAGUUAGCUCAAAAAAUUGCUCUUAUAGUGGUGGAGCAGAUGGGCGGGCCAGUUGGUAGUGACACCGAGAUGCUAACUCGCUGGAGAAAAGCAAGCUGGGACGUGAAAAAUAGCAUGCAAAAUGUUGUGCUUACUCUCGGAUGCCUAUCUAUUGGAUUGACGAGACAUCGCGCAUUACUAUUUAAGGUCUUAGCAGAUCGUGUUCGACUUCCCUGUCAGCUGGUCAAGGGUCGACAUUAUCCGGGGGUCGAAGAGGAGGGUGCAGUUAACAUCGUACGGGUGGAUGAUAAUAGAGAGUACAUUAUUGAUCUCAUGGGGGCUCCCGGAGCUCUAAUCCCACCCGACAAGCCACAGAUUGCUCAAACUGGAAAUACAUCAGAGCUGGGUUCGUCCACAGACGUCAGUCCGAAAAGUGCUAAGACAGAGCAAUCAUACGCUUCUAUUGGGGGCAGUUCUUGUGGUUCACCUUCUGGUUCUAUGCACUCCACGCGUUCUACACCAGAGUCCAGAGAUGUUAAUAAAGAUAAGGAAAUGAAUUACAAGAAAGGAACAGGUGAGACGCAGGAGUCGAAAUCGAAUAACGUGAAACUCGAUGGUCGACAUCACAGUGAACCUGGAGAGCUUGCUGGGCUCUCUGCUAGGCCCAGUCGUCUUCACGCACGAUCACCUUCAUGGACUGAAGGUAUGCUGGACAAAAGACAGAUGGCUGGUGGACGGCCUCUGAAAGAUGUGUCACAAAUUAUGUUGGGCGUUGCCAAGGAACAUCCUCAACUGGCUCAGAAGUUGCAUGAUGUCUUGUUAGAGAGUGGUGUUGCCCCGCCUCCUGAUCUGCUUGCGGAGAUUUCGCCGAAACAACUUCAAGCCUCGGUCAUGGAGGAGAAGAAGGUUGUUAUGGAAUCCCAGCUCGCCCUUCCGGCGCUUCCUGUUAAAAAGAAAGGUCCAGCUGUGCGGGGACGGCCGCCUGCUGGUGUUCAUAAGUCAAGUCAGCAAGUUGUUGAUGAAGGUUCAAAUUCAAAAGAUCGGCUACAGAGGUUGAACUCGGUCGAGGGAUUGGGGGAAAGACGACCUCUUGGAGGCUCGCAGACUAAUCUGCCAUCUACUCCCGCGAUUGUGCCUCUGGUAGUUAUUCCACCUGUUGCGCAGGAGGGUUAUCUUCAACAAGAUAUGAUGCGCCAUGUUCCCGUAGCUGCAGCUGCAGCCGCCACUGCAGCAGUCGUUGCGACGACAAUGGUUGCUGCAGCUGGGAAAGUUGAUGGUUCCGAUGGCAAUCUCGAGGUCCCAAUGGCGGCUGCUGCCACUGCUACAGCAGCUGUAGUUGCGGCAACAUCAGCUGCUGCUGGGCGGAGAGUGGAUAGUAAUGAAGCGUCCCCGCACAACUCUAACGAAAGGGAAAGGGAAAGGGAAAGGGAAAGGGAAAAGGAAAAGGACGGCAGCGGAAGGAGACGGACACAUUUUGAUGAUUCUGAGAGGGUAGAGAGAGCGGAGAGAGGGAGCGGUGGUGGUAGACGCAGACAUUCAGGGGAUAAGAGAUCUGACGAAACAGAUGCAAGCUCUCCUGGAAAUAGUGAUGGUAGAGGAGGUAGUGAUGGAAAAGCAAACAGCAGUUUUGGUGAUGGAUUGGAUGGCGAAGUGAGUGUCGAAGAAGAGAGAAAUGCAGAUGGUUUGAGUGGACCUCAACAAAAAAGGAUUGACUCGGUAUUGAAGGAUGUUGCAGAGUGGGAGAUUCCGUGGGAGGACAUCAUCAUUGGAGAACGCAUCGGGUUAGGAUCAUAUGGUGAGGUGUACCGAGGAGAUUGGCAUGGAUCUGAAGUUGCUGUGAAAAAGUUUCUUGAUCAAGAUUUGUCAGGGGACGCUUUGGAGGAGUUCAGACUUGAGGUCCGGAUUAUGCGCAGAUUGCGCCAUCCCAAUGUAGUUCUCUUUAUGGGUGCUGUCACCCGCCCCCCUCAUCUGUCGAUUGUCACAGAAUUUCUUCCAAGAGGAAGUUUGUAUAGGCUUAUUCAUCGCCCUAAUAAUCAACUGGACGAGAGAAGACGGUUACGUAUGGCACUUGAUGUGGCAAAGGGCAUGAACUACUUGCACAGCAGCUCCCCUCUCAUUGUACAUCGAGAUCUCAAGUCUCCUAACCUUCUAGUUGAUAAGAAUUGGGUCGUUAAGGUUUGUGAUUUUGGACUAUCACGAAUGAAGCACAACACAUUUUUAUCCUCGAAGUCAACUGCAGGGACUCCUGAGUGGAUGGCACCUGAAAUGCUUCGAAACGAGCCAUCCAACGAAAAAUGUGAUGUGUACAGCUUUGGUGUUAUUUUGUGGGAAUUGGCAACUCUACGGCAACCCUGGGCAGGGAUGAACCCCAUGCAGGUGGUAGGGGCUGUCGGCUUUCAACAUAGGCGUCUUGACAUUCCUCCCGAUAUGGACCCCCAACUCGCAGGCAUCAUCCGUGAAUGUUGGCAAAAUGAUCCAAAUAUGAGACCGUCUUUUGCGCAACUUAUGGCAGCACUUAGACCUCUGCAAAGACCUCUGCCAGCUGCAACACUGGCGGCACAACAAGAAAAUCAAAGACAAGUGCAAGCGCAAAACGCAACGAUACAACCAGCGCAACAACCACAAGUAACCCCACAACAGCAGCAGUCCGAAUCGCAGCAGCCCAAAGCAUCGUAACGAAGAAUCUAGAUUGUCUAAGAUUGCAUCUAGAAAUACUGAGCCGAACAGGGCUUUUGUCAAAACUGCACUUUGCCCCUUCAUGGAAUGUUGAUGGAGUUGUGCUAUGUUGACAUGUACAUGUCAAUGUGAUUUGCUUCUGGAGUAAGUAAUUGUAUUUACGGAAGGCGUGACAUCAGUCACUUCUUCAGUGGGGUUUCGGAUUUUAUUAGUGCAGUUAAAACGCGACUGCUACGAAGGAUGAGACAAGAAAAUGCAAUGGGCAGCAGCAGUCUUGUGUGGCACAAACAGAAGCACACUUUCAUCUACAUUUUGAAAGUUUUGCAACUGCCUGUAGCUAGCUUGAGUGGGUACUUCACUCCAUCACUUAGAGAAUGCUCAGUCAGUAUCGCAGCACUCGGGCAUGCCAUGAGAUGCUUUUUAAGAGUUUUUUGAAUCCUGUAAGGUGGUCCUAAUCUGUAAUAAAAAUAUAUUUGUUCUUGGGUUUUCUACAGGGACCGUUAUAUUUAAUC